AUGAGCGCCCACGCCAUUGCAUCGAUCGACGAGUUGCUUGCCAAAGACGCAGAAGAUGAGAGUCUACGGAGGUACAAGGAACGACUGUUGGGCGCCGCUGCGCAUGGCGAUCGUGGAGACAAGGGCGACGCACGUCGUGUGGUCGUCGAGGAGUUCAAGGUCGAGUUCCGUGAAGACGGACGCGAAGACAUUGUGUACAAAUUGUCAACGCCUGAAAGUGUCGAACGGAUGCAUGCGACGCCUUUUGUGCUGACGGAGAGCUGUCAGUACCGCUUUGUCAUUUCGUUUCGAGUCAAUGGGACCAUUGUGAGUGGGUUGCGCUUUUGCAAUCACGUCAAGAAGGCAGUGGCGGCCACACGGGACGAAAUCGUGUUGGGGUCGUACGCUCCACGAUCCGAGAGCUACGUGUUUGUCUUUCCUCGUCAAGAAUGGAUAGAAGCGCCGUCAGGGCUUUUCUAUCGUGGCAAGUACACGGGCAAGUUCACGUUUGUAGAUGAUGACCACGUCAAGCAUCUGGAGCAGUUGUACACGUUUGAGAUCAAGCGAGCCUGA